AUGAGUGGUAAAUUUAAGAAAGGGCUGAUGGUUGACCUGGGCACUGAUGACCCAAUACGUCGCCCUCGUCCAGUCUCCCAAGACGGUUAUUAUUAUCCGGAAGAACAUAAUGUUCACCCAGAGCCACCACGUCAAUGGGGUUCUUCAGCUUCUUUGGAAGUGAGAACCAAUUAUAUUCGUCAACAGAAAGAACAAGAAUUUUUCUCUACGACAGUAACACCUACUUCACCUAAUUUACAAUCAAGUUAUGUAUCAAACGAAAAAGUUGUGGAUAAAGUUGAAGUUAAAGAAAUAGAGGAAGAGAAGAAAGGACGAAAACGAGUAGAAUCAGAAUAUGAUAUAACAGAUUAUUAUCGAGAUUCAUUUAUACCACCACCAUCUUCUACAUUUGAAAAUAAGCUACCACCAUCACCAUCUUUGUAUCCACAACAACAAGUAUCAAACCAAUUCAAACCAUUAUCAACUCAAGCUUCAAGAUCUGUUCCCAAUUCUUCAAUUAAAGGACAAAUAAUGCAACCACCAGCUAGACAAAGUUCUUUAGAUUCAGUUGGUUCAGCAGAAUAUUUACCAAAAAAUGAUUAUUCACAUAAUUCAAUAACAUUGAUGCCACCAACACCAAGAAAUUAUACAAAUGAACCAAUAACUAUUUCAUCAUCAGCUUCUUCCCCAAAUCAAAUGUCCCCAUAUCAAUUGUCCCCAAAUCAAACGUCCCCAUAUCAAUUGUCCCCAAAUCAAUUGUCCCCAAAUCAAUUGUCCCCAAAUCAAUUUUCUAUUGCUAGAGAAUUAGCAGCCAUGGGACCACCAGUUACAGCUGAGGAUUAUGUGAUGCAAGGAAUUAAAUAUCACGAAGAUGAUCAACUAGAAAAAUCUACUGAAUACCUUCGUAUCGCAGCUGAACAAAAUAAUGCUAUAGGAAUUGUUCUUUACGGUAUAGCGUUAAGGCAUGGUUGGGGAUGUAAACCAGAUGCUCGUAAGGCAUUUAAGUAUCUUCAAAUGGCCGCAGAAUCUGCUAUGAAUAUUAUAAACAAUAUAAAUAAGACUUUGAGUAUGUCAUCUUUUAAAGGUGAAUUGGUUUUGGCAAUUUAUGAAUUGGGAGUUUGUUUUAGACAUGGUUGGGGUGUUCCUAAAAAUGCACAAAAUGAUAUUGCUCUUUGUUAUUAUAAAGGAGAAGGUGUGAAAAAAGAUAUGAAAGCGGGUCAUGGUACAUUGGGAAAUUCAUGGAUUUUCAAAGAGAAAUAUAACGAAUAA